GGUCUGCCCAGAUGAAGGUCUCUGUGGCUUUUGAAGUCUUGAUUUUCCCUGCUGCAUUGAUUUGGCCUUGUGCUGAGAACAUCAAUGUGAAAAUAAGUUGUUCUAUGGACUGGGUGAUGGUCUCAGUUAGCCCAUGUGCGCCCAGCAGCAAUCUGUAUAUAUUUGCUGAUGAAUUAUGUCUGGGAAUGGGCUGCCCUGUGACUCGGAUACAAACAUAUGUGUAUGAUUUUAUAUAUCCUGUUCAUGAGUGUGGCAUCAGGACAAAGAUUAUUUCUGAGGAUACACUCCUUAUUCAAACUGAGAUAUACUUUACCCCAAGGAAUAUACAUUGUGACCAUCAGAAAAUCCCUCUGGAGUGUUCUGCCUCUAGAAAAUCAGUGUGGCUUACACCAGUGUCUACUGAUAAUGAAAUAAAAUUGGAUCCCAGUCCCUUUAUUGCUGACUUUGAGACAACACCAGAAGAGUUAGGGUUAUUAAAUUUUGGUCAAACUUGCUGUCCCCUAGAGGAGAAACAGAAUUUAAAGUUGGUAUCAUGA